CCGGAAGUGAUGCAGUAAUCUAAUAGACAGUUAUAAUAUCGGUAAAAAGUACCGAGAAGGUUCAUGUUAAUAGAGGCUCGGGGUUUAUGUCUUCUGAAACGCCGAGAGUCGCACAGGAUUGAUGUCAUCAUUGUGCGAAAGUUGAGAUGCUGCUUGCGGGUUUGAUUAAAGGAGCUGUUUAUCAGGGUAUUUUCUAGAGCACUAUGGGUAAAGGCUGUAAGGUGGUGGUCUGUGGCUUGGCCUCUGUUGGUAAAACGGCGAUUCUCGAGCAGUUACUGUACGGAAACCAUACCGCUGGUGCUGCAACAAAGGAAACCCAGGAAGACAUCUAUGUGGCCUCUGUCGAGACGGACCGUGGCGUGAGAGAACAGUUACGUCUAUACGACACCAGGGGGCUCUAUGAUGGCCAGGAGCUGCCGAAACACUACUACUCGGUGGCUGACGGCUUUGUUCUGGUGUACAGCGUCGACAGCAUGGAGUCCUUCAAGAAAGUUGACGUCCUGAAGAAGGAAAUCGACAAAUCCAGGGACAAAAAAGAGGUGAUGGUGAUCGUACUGGGUAACAAGGCGGACCUGCGCGAGCAGCGUCAAGUGGAGCAGGAAGUGGCUCAGCAGUGGGCUCGGGCUGAGAAAGUGAAGCUGUGGGAGGUGAGCGUGACUGAGCGCAGCUCACUCAUCGAGCCAUUCACCACUCUCACCAGCCGCCUCACGCAGCCCCAGAGCAAAUCGGCUUUCCCCCUGCCCGGCCGCAAGAGCAAGGGAACUCCGUCCAACGACAUCUGAGCUCGAGUUUCUAGUUAACGACACUGCCACACGAAGACGGCCGACAAUGGAGGCUCAGCCAAGCACAUCUGGAUUACCAGUAGUCAUUAACAUGCUCCAGUGGUUUAGAUUUGAGUAGUAAGAGUAAAGCAGUGUGAUGCAGCUUAUUUCAGAACAAUUUAGUGUUUUCAUGAGGAAAAAUAUGAACCUGUAAUUCUACAAUGCUUCCAGGACAGUACAAUAAGCUGUUUUAGCAGUCGGGUGUCGAUACAAACCUGCCGUAAGUGCUUUAAUUUCAGCUCGUGAAGUGAAUCUUCCAAAAAGCAUUUAAACAAAACCUAUUUCAGACCUUUAACGAAGCUUCAUUGAGCUUGGCUUUGCAAUUUAUCCUAACGCACUACAGCUUUGAGGUAUUACUUAGAUCAUUUUGUAGCAAUAGGGAAAAACGUAUUUUGUUUAUCGAGCUGCUCGAGUGUAGGAGAGCGAGUGAGUUUUGUGUAGAGAUUAAUAUUCGACCACUGUACUGCACAACUUUGUGUCUUGGCACUUGUGUGUGAUGUGAACAGUGGUGUUAAGGAAAGCAUUUCUUCAAUAACAAGGAAAAGUAGGCUAAUAAAUGUAAUCUGUAAUAAAUGUGACUUUUCACAGUGGAA